UUUCAAGGUAUUCCUGAGACAGCAUGCCCCUCAAGGCGAAAUCGUCUCUAGGCAUCCUGUUUUCCUUCGUCGGCCUUUACCUUCUCUUCUCCUGGGGCGGAUCGGGAGCAGCGCCCUCCGUAAAGGGACCGUCGUAUCGACUCCACAACUCGAGCUCCCCUUUGCCGUCGACAGAAUUCGCCAUCGCGACUUUUCUAACUGGUCAAGGGAAAGACGACGCGUACUUCACCGCGACUCGCAUCCUCACCUACCAGCUGCUCCAUGCACCUGACACGCGCCUCAACACGGGCUCCAUAACCUUCCUCGUAGUUUGCUCUCCGAGCCUCCCCGACUCUCGAAAGCGACGUCUAAAACAGGAUGGUGCCGUUGUGGUGGAGGUCGACGAUGUGCCGCGGUGGAAGGAAGUCUUCACGAAACUGCGGAUAUUCGAAAUGACGGAGUACAAGCGCAUCCUCUUCAUCGACGCGGACACGAUUAUCACGGCUCCCCUAGAUGAUAUCUUCAAGAGCCCGGAAGUCGCGUCACUGGCGCCGACGCUCUUCUCGCGAAAGGACCAGAUCAAGAAAGAUGAAUCGCCGUUGCCGGCGGAAUGGUUCUUUGGAGCGCGCUCCGAUAACGCACUUACCGGGCAGCGGCAGCAUCCUGUACCGCCUCUUCAGUCGCCGUCUUUCAGCUCGGGCUUCUUCAUGAUUGCGCCGGAUAGGCAGAUUUAUGCGCAUCUGUUGUCAGUCAUGUCGCAUUAUCGCCGCUUUGAUCCGUUCGUUAUGGAACAAAACCUGCUCAACUAUGUGUAUCGCCGCGAUGGCCCGAUGCCUUGGAGGGAGCUGGACUGGAAGUGGAGUGCGACGUGGCCGACGGAGAAGGAUGCGCAGAUGGGUGUCGCAAGUUUGCACGAGAAGCUGUGGGAUAGGGGACCCCAGCCGCUGAGAGACAUGUGGGACAAGAGAAAGAAAGAAAUGUUGCAAUUUUAUGAAGCAGAAUAA